UCACACAUGCAGAAAGCGGAAAGUGUUCUUCAUAAGUCAGGGAGGGGAGAGGGGAGAGACAGAGUGAGUUGGUGGGGUGAGUCAGGGGUGUGUCUGAAUUUCUACUCUGGGAAAACUCAGCAAAAGGAGAGCGGACAGAACACGACACACCAGGAAUAACGGUCUGAUUAAGGUAGGAAUAAGGAAGAUGGCUGUGUUCAACACCCAGGCCCUGACGUCACGUUUGGGCCUAGUGCGUUUGGCUGCGGCCUUGUGUACCUGUGUGGCCUUCAGCCUGGUAAUACAUGCUUCUGCCUGGUGGGGUCAACAAGGCAGCUGGUGCUUGUUCGCCUGGUGCUUCUCCUUUGCCGUCACCGUCCUGGUUCUGCUGCUGGAGUUGUCGGGAACAGCAGGCCGGAUCCCGGUGUCCUGGAGGAACGCUCCCGUGGCCUGCGCGGCCUUGUGCGGCCUUCUCUGCCUCUCGGCCUCCGUGAUCUACCCGCUCUACUUCCUGGGUGGAGUGGUGCCGGCCCAAAGCCAGGGUGAAGCCUACUCCCACGGCGUGGCAGCCACAGUCUUCUCGUGUUUGGCCACCGUGGCCUACACCGCUGAGGUCUCCCUCUGCAGGGGAAGGCCCGGAGAGACCGUGGGCUAUAUGGCCACCAUUCCUGGCCUACUCAAGGUGGUCGAGGCCUUCUCUGCCUGUGUGAUCUUUGCCUUCGUCUCAGGCACGGCCUACCAUGUCUACCCGGCCUUGCAGUGGUGCCUGGCGGUCUACUGCCUCUGCUUCAUCAUGGCCGCCAUUGUCAUCGUUCUCUGUGUGACGGAGCUGACCGGCUACCUUCCCUCCCCCAUCCACAAGUCUCUCGGCCUCUACGCACUCCUCUGUGCCCUCCUCUACGCCUCCGCCCUCGUUCUCUGGCCACUCUACUGCUUCUCCCCUCACUACGGAAACGCGCGCAGGUCCAACUCCUGCGGUAGUAACCACGUCUGUCCCUGGGACGCCAUGCUGACGGUCGCCAUUCUCACCGGCUUCAACCUCCUGGUUUAUGUGGCCGAUCUGGUCUACUCCACACGUUUAGUCUUCAUCACCUCCUCCUGAGGGACAGGUGGAGAGAGGGGGAGAGAGAAGGGAGAGAGAGAGGAGAGAGAGAG